AUGGCGAGCAAGAGGACGGUACAAGAAUGGGAUGAAGCAAUCGACACUCUUGCUUCUUCUGCUGCAAAAUUUCCUGCAAAUGAUUUUGGGAAGGAUGAAGAGAGAUGUAUCGUGCAAGCUGGUGUUGGUUUACGUGAAGUACCUAAAGUCGAGAACUGGAGAUCUGUGAGAAGGAUGUCGUUGAUGGAAAACGAGAUUGAAAAGUAUCUGACACUCCAGAAUGCCCUGAGCUUACAACUCUGCUCCUCCAAAAAAUAG